GGGCGACUAAAACUUAAAGUUUGGCGAAAUGAAGCAACGAGAAAGAAUAUUCUAGACAUCAUCGUGACGGUCUAUCCGCAUGAAAAGGAAGUACGUGAAGGAACCGAAGCCAUAUUCGAUUGUCGGGCAAGAAGUGAGGACGGGAGUGUUUAUCCUGAGGUACGAUGGAGCCGAGCUGGUGGUCAGCUACCGUCGCAUGCCCACGAAAGUGGUGGACGACUGACGAUCAGUUCCGUGCAGACGUCCGAUUCUGGCAGCUAUUUAUGUAGUGCCUCACAUAUGGGACAACUAAAACAAGCACAAGCACAUCUACGUGUUCAGUCUUGUAAGUUUUUCACCACCAGCAUUCCAUGCGGGAAUGUUACAAAAAACGGAGCGCAAGAUGUCCAAGGAGUUCUACAGACGUCGAGUCUGUGUCGAGCAGAUGAACGAGCAUGUGGUAACAACGAAUGCGUUAAGGCUGAUUACGUUUGUGACGGUGAACCAGACUGCAGAGAUCGUAGUGAUGAACUGAAUUGUCCAUCGCUUCGUGCAUGCGAACCGAACGAAUUCAAGUGUAACAAUGGACGUUGCGUGCAGAAGAUGUGGCUGUGUGAUGGAGACGACGAUUGCGGUGAUAACUCUGAUGAGCAACAGUGCCAGCAUAAGAAAGCUUCAGACGGUUGUGGUCCCACCGAAUUCAGAUGCCGCGACGGUCAACAGUGUGUGCUGUCCAGUUUCCAGUGUGAUGGCACAAACGAUUGUCGUGAUGGAUCCGAUGAAGUCGGAUGCGUACAACCGACCGUUGUUCAAGCCCCAGAAACCAAUAAGCAGGUUCAAGCGGGUGGUACGUUCCAGCUGACGUGUCGAGCGGUCGCCGUUCCUGAGCCGUACAUCAACUGGCGUUUGAAUUGGGGACCUGUUUGCGAUCCACCCAGAUGUUUACAGCAUUCCGAAGGUGGUUUGGGUACACUCACCAUCAACGACGCUCAACCACUUGAUCAGGGUGCAUACACUUGCGAGGCUAUCAACGUGAAAGGUCGAGUUUUGGCCACACCGGAUUGUAUCGUUCGUAUUGUCAGUAUACCAUCACCAACCUACGAGCCAAGACCACAACCGCAAGUUCACUGCGAUCCAGCUGGUUCAAUGAGUCAACAGGUCGGAUACGGUGGACAAUGUCAAUGCAAACCUCUGGCAACGGGCCCUUCAUGUGGUCAAUGCGUACCUGGAUCAUAUCAUCUAAACAAUAAAGCACCACAAGGCUGUCUGAAAUGCUUCUGCUUUGGUGUCACCGAUCAGUGCAGAUCAUCAUCAUGGUAUCGAUCAAAGGUUUGA